CCCACCUUCUCCCUCUUCUCGCCGGCGCCGGCGACGCGGUGCCACCGCGACGGCGGCGGCGCCGCCGUGCUCCGCCGCCUCGGUAUCUUCCUCGGCCUCUCCUUUCAUUCGUCGGAGUUCCUCCCAUUAACAAUCAGCAGGAUGAAGGAGUAUUGGUGGACUUCGUUGGCGUCCCUGCUGGGCGCCCUGGCCUUCGUGCAGAGCCUCCUCCACGCCGUCUUCCCCGCGGAGCUGCGCGUCGCCUUCGCCACGCUCCUCCGCCGCCUCUCCGGCGCCUUCUCCCCCUACUGCUACUUCGAAAUCCCCGAGAUCGACGGCGUCAACACCAACGAAUUAUACAAUGCCGUGCACCUCUACCUGACGCGCCGCCGCCGCCUGUGCCGCGGGCUGAACUCGUCGGCGCUGACGUUCGGGCUGUCGAGCAGCGACCGCGUGGCGGACGCGUUCCGCGGCGCGGGGGCGGCGUGGGAGCACGUGGCGACCCCGCGCGCGGCGGCGGGGUUCUCGUGGCGCCCCUUCCCGGAGGAGCGGCGCGCCUUCACGCUCCGCAUCCGGCGCCGCGACGCGCCGCUGCUCGUCCCCUCCUACCUCGACCACAUCAUGGACAGCGCCGCCGACAUCCGGCGCCGGAGCCAGGAGCGCCUCCUCUACACCAACGCCCGCGGCGGCGCCGGCGCCGUCGUGGUCGGCGCCGUGGACGCGGCCCACCGCGGCGGGCACCCCUGGGAGCCGGUCCCCUUCAAGCACCCGAGCACCUUCGACACCCUCGCCCUCGACCCCCGCCGCAAGGCCGAGAUCAUGGCCGACCUCCGCGACUUCGCCGAGGGCCGCGACUUCUACAGCAAGACCGGGCGCGCCUGGAAGCGCGGGUACCUCCUCUACGGCCCCCCCGGCACCGGCAAGUCCAGCAUGAUCGCCGCCAUGGCCAAUUUCCUCCGCUACGACGUCUACGACCUCGAGCUCGCUGAGGUCCACACCAACUCCGAGCUCCGCAAGCUCCUCAUGAAGACCACCUCCAAGUCCAUCAUCGUCAUCGAGGACAUCGACUGCUCCGUCAACCUCGCCAACCGCGGGACGGCCAAGCGCCCGCCGGCCGCCGCCGACCCCGCGGCCGACAUGAUCGGCGGGGACGACGCGCGGACGGUGACGCUGUCGGGGCUGCUGAACUUCACCGACGGCCUCUGGUCGUGCUGCGGGAGCGAGCGGAUCUUCGUGUUCACCACCAACCACGUCGAGAAGCUCGACCCCGCGCUGCUGCGGUCGGGGAGGAUGGACGUGCACGUGUUCAUGAGCUACUGCACCUUCCCGGCCCUGCGAAUUCUCAUGAAGAAUUACUUGGGGAUCGACGACGCGGGCGCGGGCGAAGAGAAGGAUGGGCUGUGGAGGGAAUUGGAGGAGGCGGUCGGCGAGGCGGAGAUGACGCCGGCCGACGUGAGCGAGGUGCUGAUCAAGGGUCGCGAAUGUGGGGGUGCGGCGGAGUUGAGGAAGAAGAGGAUGAUGGAAGGGACCGAGGAGGAAGAGGAAGAGGAGGAGGAGGAGGAGCAGGAGAAGCGGGCAUUGGAGAGCCCGAAGGAAGGAGGAGGAGGAGGAGGAGGAGGAGGAGCCAUGGGUGAUGAAGCUAAUGAAAAGGAGGAGAAGGGUGGGGAGUAAACUGUUGAGAGGGUUGGGACUUGGGAGGGAACUUUAGGAGCUUUGAAUUUUUCUUUUUCUUUUUCUUUUUCUUUUUCUUUUUUUUCCUUUGCUUGAGUUUGUUGUCCUUCUCUCUUUCUCUGAAAGAAGAUUAAAAAAAAAAAAAAGGAAAAAAGAAAAAUAUGCGCAAGGGUCCUCUGGUGUUUCUUUCGCAUUUGUUGAGUGUCCCGAGUUAUACAUCUUGUUGUUGAUCUGGGUCAUACAUACGCUGCACUGUUGUUCCCUGGUUCUUUAGAGGAGGUUUUUAUUAGUGUCUGUUUGGU